GCGGCGGCGGCGCGGGCGCGCGGGGGGUAGGGCGAGGGGUGCGGCGGCGGGGGCGCGCGAGCGGGGCGGUGUGGGGCUCGAGGGCGCGUCCACGUGGCCGGCGGGCGGCCACCCGGAGCCAGCGGCGGCGGAGGGACAGGCCCACCCCCGGGGCAGCCGCCGGCCAUGCCCGCCGUCGGCCUCCUCCUGCUGUUCCUCCUUGCCGUGGGGCGGGCCCUGGGAGGCAGCACGCCCUUCCCUGCCUUCUCAGUGACGGACACCUCGCUCACCCACCUGGCCGUGCACCGGGUGACCGGGGAGGUGUUUGUGGGCGCGGUGAAUCGCGUCUUCAAGCUGGCCCCCAACCUGACCGAGCUGCGGGUCCAUGUCACGGGGCCCGUCGAGGACAAUGCUCGCUGCUACCCACCCCCCAGCAUGCGUGUCUGUGCCCACCGCCUGGCGCCUGUGGACAACGUGAACAAACUGCUGCUCAUAGACUACGCAGCCCGCCGCCUGCUGGCCUGCGGCAGCAUCUGGCAGGGCAUCUGCCAGUUCCUGCGCCUGGACGACCUCUUCAAGCUGGGCGAGCCGCACCACCGCAAGGAGCACUACCUGUCGGGGGCCCAGGAGCCUGACUCCAUGGCGGGCGUCAUCGUGGAGCAGGGCCAGGGGCCCAGCAAGCUGUUCGUGGGCACCGCCGUGGAUGGCAAGUCUGAGUACUUCCCCACCCUGAGCUCCCGAAAGCUCAUCGGCGACGAGGACGGCGCCGACAUGUUCAGUCUGGUGUACCAGGACGAGUUCGUCUCCUCUCAGAUCAAGAUCCCCUCAGACACGCUGUCCUUGUACCCAGCCUUUGACAUCUACUACGUCUACGGCUUUGUGAGCGCCUCCUUCGUGUACUUCCUGACACUGCAGCUGGAUACCCAGCAGACACUGCUGGACACGGCAGGCGAGAAAUUCUUCACGUCCAAGAUCGUGCGCAUGUGCUCGGGGGACUCGGAGUUCUACUCGUACGUGGAGUUCCCCAUCGGCUGCUCUUGGCGCGGCGUGGAGUACCGCCUGGUGCAGAGCGCCCACCUGGCCAAGCCCGGCCUGCUGCUGGCCCAGGCCCUGGGUGUGCCGGCCGACGAGGACGUCCUCUUCACCAUCUUCUCUCAGGGCCAGAAGAACCGGGCCAGCCCGCCGCGGCAGACCGUCCUCUGCCUCUUCACCCUCAGCAGCAUCAAUGCCCACAUCCGGCGCCGCAUCCAGUCCUGCUACCGUGGGGAGGGCACGCUGGCCCUGCCUUGGCUGCUGAACAAGGAGCUGCCCUGCAUCAACACCCCCAUGCAGAUAAAUGGAAACUUCUGCGGGCUGGUGUUGAACCAGCCGCUGGGCGGGCUGCACGUGAUCGAGGGGCUGCCCCUGCUAGCCGACAGUACCGAUGGCAUGGCCAGUGUGGCCGCCUACACGUACCAGAAGCACUCUGUGGUCUUCAUCGGCACCCGCGGCGGCAGUCUGAAGAAGGUACGGGUUGACGGCUCUCAGGAGGCCCACCUGUAUGAGACGGUGCCUGUGGUGGACGGCAGCCCCAUACUCCGUGACCUGCUCUUCAGCCCCGACCACCGGCACGUCUACCUCCUGAGCGAGAAGCAGGUGAGCCAGCUCCCGGUGGAGACCUGCGAGCAGUACCCAAGCUGUGCAGCCUGCCUGGGCUCGGGGGACCCGCACUGCGGGUGGUGCGUGCUGCAGCACAGAUGCUGCCGCCAUGGGGCCUGUCCAGGCGCCUCGGCCCUGCAUGGCUUCGCCAAGGAGCUGAGCAAGUGCGUCCAGGUGCGGGUCCGGCCCAACAAUGUGUCGGUGACAUCGCCUGGGGUGCAGCUGACCGUGGCCAUAAGCAACGUGCCGGACCUCAGUGCGGGCGUGAGCUGCGCCUUCGAGGAGGUGACCGAGAGCGAGGCCGUCCUGCUGCCCUCUGGAGAGUUACGCUGUCCAUCGCCUUCCCUGCAGGAGCUCCGGGCUCUCACCCGGGGGCACGGGGCCACGCGCACCGUGCAGCUGCAGCUGCUCUCCAAGGAGAGCGGCGUGAGGUUUGCCGGGGCCGACUUUGUCUUCUACAACUGCAGCGUCCUCCACUCGUGCAUGUCCUGCGUCGGCAGCCCUUACCCCUGCCACUGGUGUAAGUACCGCCACAUGUGUACCAGCCACCCCCAUGAGUGCUCCUUCCAGGAGGGCAGGGUCCACAGCACCGAGGGCUGCCCUGAGAUCCUGCCCAGUGGGGACCUCCUGAUCCCAGUAGGCGUCAUGCAGCCUCUCACUCUGCGGGCCAAGAACCUGCCGCAGCCCCAGUCGGGCCAGAAGAACUACGAGUGCGUGGUCCGGGUGCAGGGGCGGCAGCAGCGGGUGCCUGCCGUGCGCUUCAACAGCAGCAGCGUGCAAUGCCAGAACGCCUCGUAUUCCUAUGAAGGUGAUGAGUAUGGUGACACCGAGCUGGACUUCUCCGUGGUCUGGGAUGGAGAUUUCCCCAUCGAUAAGCCCGCUACCUUCCGAGCCCUCCUGUACAAGUGCUGGGCGCAGCGGCCCAGCUGUGGCCUCUGCCUCAAGGCUGACCCUCGCUUCAACUGUGGCUGGUGCAUCUCGGAGCAUAGGUGCCAGCUGCGGGCCCACUGCCCGGCCCCCAAGACCAACUGGAUGCACCCAAACCAGAAGGGCGCUCGCUGCAGCCACCCCCGCAUUGCCCAGAUCCACCCGCUCAUGGGGCCCAAGGAGGGAGGCACCCGGAUCACCAUCGUGGGCGAGAACCUGGGCCUCACCUCCCGAGACGUGGGCGUGCGGGUGGCCGGCGUGCGCUGCAACGCCAUCCCCACCGAAUACGUCAGUGCCGAGAGGAUCGUGUGUGAGAUGGAGGAGUCUCUGGUGCCCAGCCCGCCACCGGGGCCCGCGGAGCUCUGCGUCAGCGACUGCUCGGCUGACUUCCGCACGCAGUCUGAGCAGCUCUACAGCUUCGUGACGCCCACGUUCGACCGCGUGAGUCCCAGUCGGGGCCCAGCCUCGGGGGGCACGCGAAUCACCAUUUCCGGUCAUUCUCUGGACGCCGGCAGCAGAGUCACAGUGACCAUGAGAGACAGCGAGUGCCAGUUCGUGAGGAGGGAUCCUGAAGUGAUCGUGUGCAUCUCGCCUGUCUCCACCCUGGGCCCGAGCCAGGCCCCCAUCACCCUGGCCAUCGACCGCGCCAACAUAUCCAGUCCCGGCGUCCUCUACACCUACACUCAGGACCCCACCGUCACUCGCCUCGAGCCCACCUGGAGCAUCAUCAAUGGAAGCACCGCCAUCACUGUGAGUGGGACCCACCUGCUGACGGUCCAGGAGCCCCGGGUCCGGGCCAAGUACCGAGGCAUCGAGACCACCAACACGUGCCAGGUGAUCAACGACACUGCCAUGCUGUGUAAGGCCCCCGGCAUCUUCCUGGGGCGCCCCCAGCCGCAGGCCCAGGGUGAGCACCCUGACGAGUUCGGCUUCCUGCUGGACCACGUGCAGACGGCCCGUUCCCUCAACCGGUCCUCCUUCACCUACUACCCCGACCCCAGCUUCGAGCCACUCGGGCCCUCUGGGGUCCUGGAUGUCAAACCUGGCUCCCACGUAGUGCUGAAGGGCAAGAAUCUGAUCCCUGUGGCGGCUGGCAGCUCCCGCCUCAACUACACGGUGCUGAUCGGGGGCCAGCCGUGCACGCUCACCGUCUCAGACACGCAACUCCUGUGUGACUCCCCCAGCCAGACGGGCCGGCAGCCGGUCAUGGUGCUGGUGGGCGGCCUGGAGUUCUGGCUGGGCACCCUGCACAUCAUGGCCGAUCGGGCGCUGACCCUGCCGGCUGUGGUGGGGCUGGCGGCGGGGGGCGGGCUGCUGCUGCUGGCCAUCACCGCCGUGCUGGUCGCCUACAAACGCAAGACUCAGGAUGCCGAUCGCACGCUCAAGCGCCUCCAGCUCCAGAUGGACAACUUGGAGUCCCGGGUGGCCCUGGAAUGCAAGGAAGCCUUCGCUGAGCUGCAGACAGACAUCAACGAGCUGACAAACCACAUGGAUGGCGUGCAGAUCCCCUUCCUGGACUACCGGACCUACGCCGUGCGUGUGCUCUUCCCGGGCAUCGAGGCCCACCCAGUGCUCAAGGAGCUGGAUACACCCCCCAAUGUCGAGAAGGCCCUGCGUCUCUUUGGGCAGCUGCUGCACAGCCGCGCCUUCGUGCUCACCUUUAUCCACACUCUGGAGGCUCAGAGCAGCUUCUCCAUGCGCGACCGUGGCACUGUGGCCUCGCUCACUAUGGUGGCCCUGCAGAGCCGCCUCGAUUAUGCCACGGGGCUGCUCAAGCAACUGCUGGCGGACCUCAUCGAGAAGAACCUCGAGAGCAAGAACCACCCAAAGCUGCUCUUGCGCAGGACCGAGUCGGUGGCUGAGAAGAUGCUCACCAACUGGUUCACCUUCCUGCUGCAUAAGUUUCUGAAGGAGUGCGCCGGGGAGCCGCUCUUCCUGCUCUACUGCGCCAUCAAGCAGCAGAUGGAGAAGGGCCCCAUCGACGCCAUCACGGGCGAGGCCCGCUACUCCCUGAGCGAGGACAAGCUCAUCCGGCAGCAGAUCGACUACAAGACGCUGACCCUGCACUGUGUGUGCCCGGAGAGCGAGGGCAGCGCUCAGGUCCCGGUGAAGGUUCUCAAUUGUGACAGUAUCACCCAGGCCAAAGACAAGCUGCUAGAUGCUGUGUACAAGGGCAUCCCCUACUCUCAGCGCCCCAGAGCUGAGGACAUGGACCUAGAAUGGCGCCAGGGCCGCAUGGCCCGCAUCAUUCUCCAGGACGAGGAUGUCACCACCAAAAUCGAGUGUGACUGGAAGAGGGUCAACUCACUGGCCCACUACCAGGUGACAGACGGUUCCUUGGUGGCACUGGUGCCCAAACAAGUGUCAGCCUACAACAUGGCCAACUCCUUCACCUUCACCCGCUCUCUCAGCCGUUAUGGGCUCCGAGAUGGAGGGGAGCGAGGCCACGGCGAUGGCCUAAGGGGCACACCACCCUCUGCCCCAGAGAGCUUGCUCCGCACGGCCAGCAGCCCUGACAGCCUCCGCUCUCGGGCACCCAUGAUCACGCCCGACCAGGAGACGGGCACCAAGCUGUGGCACCUGGUGAAGAACCACGACCACGCCGACCACCGAGAGGGAGACCGAGGCAGCAAGAUGGUCUCGGAGAUCUACCUGACGCGGCUGCUGGCCACCAAGGGCACACUGCAGAAGUUCGUGGAUGACCUCUUCGAGACCGUGUUCAGCACGGCGCACCGGGGCUCGGCCCUGCCUCUGGCCAUCAAGUACAUGUUCGACUUCCUGGACGAGCAGGCCGACCAGCGGCAGAUCAGCGAUCCCGACGUGCGCCACACCUGGAAGAGCAACUGCCUGCCCCUGCGCUUCUGGGUGAAUGUGAUCAAGAACCCGCAGUUCGUCUUCGACAUCCACAAGAGCAGCAUCACGGACGCCUGCCUGUCGGUGGUGGCCCAGACCUUCAUGGACUCCUGCUCCACGUCCGAGCACCGCCUGGGCAAGGACUCACCCUCCAACAAGCUGCUCUACGCCAAGGACAUCCCCAACUACAAGAGCUGGGUGGAGAGGUACUACCGGGACAUAGGCAAGAUGGCGUCCAUCAGCGACCAGGACAUGGACGCGUACCUGGUGGAGCAGUCCCGUCUCCACGCCAGUGACUUCAACGUCCUGAGCGCGCUCAGUGAGCUCUACUUCUACGUUGCCAAGUACCGCCAGGAGGUUCUCACCGCUCUGGACCGAGAUGCCUCUUGCCGGAAGCAGAAGCUGCGCCAGAAGCUGGAACAGAUCAUCGGCCUCGCGUCCAGCAACAGCUAAGGGAGGCGGACCCCGUGAGGAGGGGGCUUCUCAGUCCUGAGCCAUCCCCCCGUGCAGAGGGGCGUCUCCCGCCUGGGUCCCGGGGCUGAGCCCUGGAUCGGGUGGCAUGAGGUCACCGGGCCAAGAUGCCCUGGGCACAGCCGGGCCCCCAUCAUUAGUGCCUUGCUUUGGGCCCUGCGUGGGGAGGGGGUGACCGGACCAGGCCCCCCGACCCGGCAGCAGCAAUACCCCCGCCCUCCCACCCUCGUGCCGGGGGUUGUGGUCGCCCCUGCCCUCCUUGCUAUUUAUACCCCAACCACCUAUUUAUUUAAUUUAUCUCCACCUCACCGUCGUCUCCAUCUGUAAAUACGCGCCCCCUACUCCCCCGCCCCCCAGAGGUUGCCAGCCUCACUCACCUUCUCUCCUUGAGUCCUCCCGGCUCCCUUGUGACAGGGUCAGCCUUGGCCUAGCCUCUGGCCCCGCCCCCUUGCCCUGGCUGGCCCCACCCAUGCCGAGGACGGGGCCUCGGCACCAGCAGCCCUUGGGGCGGGUGAGGCACCGAAGUUGCCCUCGGACGGUGGCUCGGCCAAGGGGUCCCCCUGCGGCCACUGCAGCAGCCCCUCCAGACUUCUCGGGCCGGGACUGUACCCCCUCCCGGGGCCCCGAUCUCUCUCAGCGCCUGAAGAGCUUGAACCAGACUCCUGCCAGAGUGUGAGCUGGGCCUGGGGGCACCGAACUCCCCUUCUCCGGGCCCUGCUGCCAAACCCCCUCGGUGUGGUCUGCGUGUCCGGACCCCUCAUCCUCCGCUGCCCUGUCCUGCGCCCGCCCCGAGGGGCAGAGGCGGCAGUGCCUUACUCCUUCGUCCUUCUGCCUCCUUGGAGGAAUCUGGCCCCGGCCCGCGCUCCUGGAAACCCACUUGGCCCCUUUUUCUCUUUUUUGCAUGAGGUUUUCUUUGUCCUCGUAAUUUUUUUGCCUAAUUAAAUGUUGAGAAAUGGA